ACUCACAGUGCACAUCUGGCUUCUCAGUCACACGGAUCUGUGCACCACAUAGCAGAACUCAGACUAUCCCAGGGAGGCAGAGCUGAAGCCCUGUCCCAGUUACCAAACCAGCAGCCAUGGACUGCCAUAGCUCCAGUGCAAAUAUUCGCUCCAGACCGCUGCUGCCUCCCGGACUACUGCACCCAGCACCCCUUCCAUCUUUCUCAUCAGCAACAGCAAUGCCAGUGUCACCAUCACCAUCAGUACCAAUGCCAGCCUCAUUCCUCAGGCCACCAACUCUCCUUCUGAGGGCUGCUGCUGCAGCUGCUGCAGCUGCCUGUGCUCCAAGAAUGUCUCUGGAAAGAGGAUCAGGUGGGGGCAGUGCACUGUACACAAGGACACCUAAGUGUGCCCGGUGCAGAAACCAUGGUGUGGUCUCCGCUCUCAAAGGGCACAAACGUUUUUGCCGCUGGAGAGACUGUGCUUGCGCCAAGUGCACCCUGAUUGCGGAGCGACAACGUGUUAUGGCUGCGCAGGUAGCGCUCAGGCGUCAGCAGGCGCAGGAAGAAUGUGAGAGCCGUGGUGUGCAGCACUUCAUGUAUACUGCAUCGAGAUCAGAUGGAGGGGACCCCGGAAAAACACAAACACUUCAAGUAUUCAAUCAGCAACUGAAUAAAGCUAAUGAAUCAAAUGAAAAUCAAAGUAAUUUUUAUGGGAGAUUAUCAAACUCAACUGUGAUUUCUCACACUCUUCCAGAAACAUCAACAACUGAACAAGCCAAUGUAGGACACAUGGUGAAGAAUUUAAAUCUGCCAACUUCAAGCAAAGAUCCCAUUAAGUCUCCUGGGUCUGAGGGAAGAUCAGAAGGUGCUGACAGUCCAACAUCAUUGUCUUCUUCUGACUUGGAAUCAGGGAAUGAGAGUGAGUGGCCCAAAGAACAUCGUGCUUCACAUUCUAAAGUCCCAGUUGUAUCCACAAGACAUAGAGAUCCUUUGGAGAUUCUCAGCAAAGUUUUUCCUAACCAUAAAGAGAGCACAUUAGAAAGCAUACUGCAUUAUGCCAAAGGAGAUGUUGUACAAGCCAUAGAAUUGGUUUUAAAUGGAAAAGAACACACACAAGAUAUGAAAGAAACUGAUGGUCCAUCAGGAUCAGACCUUAGUACAUUGACCAGAGAUUCAGCAUUCAAGUUUAGUGGGCUAGGUUUUGGUGCUUUUGGGACAAAAUCUGCUUUUUCACCACUACAAACAAAUGCAUCAACAGCUGGCGGUGAUACAAAUAUCUUUCAUCCUAGACUUGGUCUUAGUCCAUUGCGCUUUGCUUAUUCUACAUCAAACAGAGGACUUCCUGGGUUUAUAUCGCCUUACCUAACUUCUGGUUUUGUUCCAACUUUUCCUUUUCCUACUGGAGUGGAUUAUACAUUUCCUGGAAUGUUAAGAGAUGCUUCUUACUACCCACGUAAAGACACAUUGAACAUUUCUGGACUUUAUUCCAGGUUAAACCAGGAAAAUCACUAGUUACUGUAUGUUUACAAAAUCUGUUUGAAAACACACAAUUGCCUUACCUGUAGCUGAAAUGGAACACAUUUGUAGAGUCAAGGUGUAUUCAUAAUAUUACUAUAUACUUUGUACUUUUUUUUUUAGGAAAUUGUAUUUGGUAAAAUAAAACUAAAUAUUACUUUGAGAAUUAUUGAAAUAA